GGCCUUUCUACCUCUCUACCCCCCUUUUCCCCAUCCCCACUAUCAAAUAUCUUUCGCACAAUGGCAAUCCACUACUUGAUUCUCCUGUCGAGGCAGGGCAAAGUGCGCCUUGCCAAAUGGUUCACCACUCUCUCCCCCAAGGAGAAGGCCAAGAUCAUCAAGGAUGUAACCCAGCUGGUUCUGUCGCGUCGCACCCGCAUGUGCAAUUUCCUCGAAUACAAAGACACCAAGGUCGUUUACCGUCGCUAUGCCUCCCUCUUCUUCAUCGCCGGUUGUGCGUCCACCGAUAACGAGUUGAUCACCCUCGAGGUCGUGCAUCGUUACGUCGAGCAGAUGGACAAGUACUACGGCAACGUGUGCGAGCUGGAUAUCAUCUUCAACUUCCAAAAGGCAUACUUCAUCCUCGAUGAGCUGUUGCUGGCGGGAGAAAUGCAGGAGAGCAGCAAGAAGAAUGUCUUGAGGUGCAUCAGCCAGCAGGACAGUCUGGAAGACAUGGAGGUUGAGGAAGACGUGGUCACGAAGAUUAUGUAGACGCCUCUCCGGCCCGCGAGCGUUUCUUUGUUGUUUAUACUGUUUGGGA